AAAAUCUCUUCAGAAUUUAAAACAUUUUACAGAAGCGAAUGAAAAACCAAAUGAGUAAAAGUUUUCACCAAGAAAAAAAACGAAUUUUCCAUUGAACACUGUAUCAGUCAAGCUCCCAUACGAUUUUCUGGUAAAUUAACUGCAAGCAGACGUACACAUGCAAAUAGCAAAAUAUGUUGGCUGGCUGACGGGCGGGGGAGAAACAAAGACAGGGUAGACAUUUUUGGCCGAGGUUAUCACAUGGGUUGACAUUGGAGAGCGACAUGAUUCAGUGAAGCGAGUAUGCUGUUUCACAAAUGAAUUUCUGAAAGGUGUUUAUUUCAACUAAUAGUUCACUCUGACAGAGUUUAUGAAAUGUGAUGACAAUUACAAAACCUCAAUAGACUUAUUUCUUCCACAACUAACCAUUUUAACCUCCACGGAAAAAAGACAGGACGCUCUGAAGGAUCCGUGUGCGAAAUUCAAGAGGAAGUCGGCCAUUUUGGUUUAAAUUAACCAUUUUGGGCAAAUUCCGAGGCUAAUUGAAAGUUUUAAAAAAUGGCCUUAUGCUUGAAGCUUUUGUUUUGUAUUAUUUUGUGGGAAUUUUACAAUUUAUUCAAAAUAAAUAUAUAUUUUUAAUGAUGUUUGGUCAAUUUUCUUGUCAACUUAAAUGGGGCAUCUAAAAGGGUCAUCUGAACAAAGCCAGCGAUUCAAAUAUGUAUUUGUGGGCUGUAAUAGCAACGGUGAGAAUAAGAAUUAUAUGCGGUAGAAAAAAAAAACGCAAGUCAUAGUAGUUUUAGGAACUUAAGUGGUUUUCAGAACAGGAAGUAGACUUUUUCCAUUUAUCAGGUAGCCAGGCGGGGCUUCCCUUUCUUAAGAAAAAAAAAAUCGUAAACUCAACCUGUAAAGUUUCGUUGUGACAAACAGAGACGAAAAGAUGUUCACGCACACACUAAUGAUUGCGGGUUUUCUGCUGCUGUGCGCUCUCAGCGUGCAUUGCUGCGAAGGCAUCUUACCCGAAGGGAAAUGCACACCGAGUCAGGCGAUCAAGUGUUUCUACCCGGCGCACUACCUGAAUGCAUCCGCUCCGGUCUCUUUGGAGGUGGGUUUGGGUACCAAACUGGUCAUCUCCUUGGAGGGCUUCCACACAUGCAGCCCGUGCAGCUUCAGGAGAAAUUUGCAUCUCCUAGAACCAUUAGAGGCCAAUUUCCUGAAAGUCCUGCCAGUGCGUUCUGAGAAUAUUUCUGGGGAGUAUACCAUCACAUGCACGGAUGAGCGCUCGUUGACCAUUGCUCUACAUGUGGUUACGAAACGGCCCACAAAACCUCGUCUGACGCUGGUCCACGCGGACGAUCGAAAGAGUUCCCCCCAUUUUAAGUGCAUGUCUGGGGGUUUCCCUCAGCCUAUUCUGGAGUGGUUAGGAAUGCGAGACAAAGCAGUCGAAGAAAAAACUGAGAGCACAAUCACCAGCAUUGGAUUCACAAACAAACGAGUGAUGUGUUGCGCGACUAACAGCCAAGGGCGUGAAUGCUCCCAACUGUACGACUAUGACAUAGAAAGUAACCUGGUGGAUCAGGACGAGGUCUCCAGUGUGAUUUUGAGUCCCGGGGAACCUCUCCUGCUUCGCUGCAGGUUCAGUCGCUGGGGGCGGCGAAAGGCAGCGUGGGAGAAAGACGGCCUGCAGUUGACACCCGACGAAUUUCCGUGCUCUGCAAAAACCAAGGUGCGGCGUCAUUUGCAAAUUCACGUCAACAAAAGACGGCAUCUUGUGAUGACGUCUUGUCCUUCCCAGAUGUGCAGCCGAUUUGACUCGCAUGGGACAACCUCGAUGGCUUACUGGUUCGUUGACUCGGUGGAUGCGGGCCACGGCGGCACGUACACCUGCAGGGCUCAAGAUGGCGCAACCAAGUCCGUUGAUGUCAGCAUCCAGGCGGAAGGCUUCCUCAGGGUGCAGCUGGAUGCGAGAAAAACUUUGCUGAGUCAAGAGGCAGCCAGCGCGUGUUUGCAAGCCUCCGUGUUUUACCACCCCGUGCUGCAGCGGUGCAUGUGGGAGACGCCCGAUGGCAAGGUGUCCAAAUGUGACACGGAGGAUUGGGUCACAACGCACAGGACGGUGAAGCUGUGCGGUGGAAUCAAUUCGGGAGAAUACAAAUUACACGUGGAGGCGGGCGGAAAAAGCAGAAACGAGUCCGUGUCCGUGUGUGUUGUAGACGAACCAAAAUUCAAACUCGGCGUCAGCAAGGACAACAGCAGCAUCGACAUCCAGACAGCCAGCGCCGUGCCGGCAAAUUACACGUGGAUGUCUUGUUUUCCUGGCAACGAAAGCUGCGAGGGGCACUCCUUUUGGAAAGAGAUCCCCGGAACCUGGCGAGUCGACUCCGACGUAAGGUGCCGAAAGAUCAUCAAGAGCGCAACCGGGAGAGAGCUGCUGGAUGGACACCACUUGAAAUUUUGCCUGGCCAACUCAGUUGGCUCCUGGUGCACGCCCCCGCAAUUGGUGUACUACCGGUCUUCCCGGGAGGGCUACAGAGAGUUGAAAGUUGGCAGCGCGAUCCUGGUUGUGGCUUUGAUCAUCGUCAGCGUGGUGCUCGUGUAUACGGUCAAGAAGAAGAAACCGCAGUAUCAGCCCCAGCUGCAGAUGAUCCAGAUGGUGGGCCCCAAUGAUAACGAUUACAUCUACAUUAACUUCAAGGACUUUGAGUAUGAACAGAAAUGGGAGUUUCCCAGGGAGAACUUGCAAUUAGGGAAAGAAUUGGGCUCUGGUGCUUUUGGCAUGGUGGUGCAGGCCACGGCGUACGGCAUCAAGAAGGCUGGCGUGACACAGCAGGUCGCCGUCAAAAUGCUUAAAGAAAAACACCAGCAAGUGGAUAAAGAGGCUCUGAUGUCCGAACUCAAGAUGCUGACGCACAUUGGCCACCACGUGAACAUCGUUAACCUGCUGGGAGCAUGCACUGGUUCGGGCCCCAUCUAUCUGAUAUUCGAGUACUGUUGCUACGGCGACUUGCUGAACUAUCUGAAGAGCAGCAGCGAGCGCUACCACAAGUCGGCAGUGGACGCUUUCACCCGGGAUUGCAACUGGAUCCUCUAUCACAACCUGAAGCCAGGGAAAGACUCAACCAUGGUGCAGGAGGGCGCCGUGGACAACUACAUGCGGAUGCACCCUGCCCCGGCCGGCAGCCAGGAGUACGCAUCCCUCCUCUGUUCCGGCUUGGACAACUUGGACUAUGGUGAAGAUUCAUCUGCAGAGACGGAGAGCUCUGAGAACGGAGAGCCGGAUGACCUGCAGGCCCUGACUUUUGAUGACCUGUUGAGCUUUGCUGUCCAAGUGGCCAAAGGCAUGGACUUCCUCUCCUCCAAAAAUUGUAUCCAUCGUGACCUCGCAGCUCGCAACGUGCUGGUGACGAAAGGCAGACAGGUGAAAAUCGCCGACUUCGGAUUGGCGCGGGACAUCGACAACGAUUCCAACUACGUCGUGAGAGGCAACGUGCGUUUGCCCGUCAAGUGGAUGGCGCCAGAGAGCAUCUUCCAGGGGCUGUACACCAUGAAGAGCGACGUGUGGGCGUAUGGCAUCCUGCUGUGGGAAAUAUUCUCUCUGGGUGUCACCCCGUACCCGGGGAUAAAGGUGGACCACGGAUUCUAUUGCAUGAUUGAGAGGGGGUUCAAGAUGGAAUGUCCUUACUACGCUGACGAGUCCGUGUAUAGGAUGAUGUGCAAGUGCUGGGCCCUGGACCCCUGCAACCGACCCCCGUUCUCCAAAUUGGUGGACUUCAUGUCGGAACAGCUGACGGUCGGCGAGGAGAACCUCUACCACACCAUCAACCAGGCAUCGAGCGACAACAGCAAUGCGUUCGGCAUUUUGGACGCUUCCACUUUUGCCCCACAGGAGUAGGGCGAGGCGCAGUAGGACGAAAACCCAACAAAACCGUCCGAUGACCCGCCAAAAUAAUCAUUUCAGUACAUCCAAAUGUUUUAGAGUUUAGCAAAAAACUAAAGGCUCCAAAUUGUAAAUAGCUCCUGCAUUCGUCUGAAUGUUGUCAUUUUUGUCAUGAGAAAAAUUAUGGAAAAGGUUCUAACGUGAAUCUGCAUUUUCACGUAAGCCAUGAUUGGAUAACUUCCUCUUUGGCUUCUAGUUGUUAUAUUUGCUUUGCGUAUGCCGUUUAAUGUUCAUUCAUUUUAUAAGCUUGCAUAAAUUGGCCAUUUGCUGAGGGGUUUUUUUCCAAUGUGUUUUUUUUAAACAUUAUCCUUGAUCAUCAUCAUGCAAGUUAAACCAAACACACUUCAUAUUAUUUUCUUAGAUACAUGCUGUAUGUAAGAUAAGAUUACUCCAACUGGAACUAUGGUCGCUGUGAAGGGUAAAAAAAAAAAAUAAAGUGGGGGCAGAUUUUGUUUUGGGGGGAAUCUUCUUCCGUUUUAAUGUUUGUGUCACCGUGUAAGUUCGCCCCUCACCCCUCCUCAGAUGAGCAGAGCUUUAAAUAUUAUAAGUUUGAAUGUCAAGUUUGUAUGUAUUUUACCAAGCUGAAGUAUUAAACCAGCAAUAAAAAUGCACUUACUCACAAAA